AUGGAUGCCAAAGCUUACUACACCACCACCAUUGUGGCAGACAAGCGCUACACUAACAUCAUCACGAACGGAGACCUGGCCCCUGGAUAUCACACAGAGACUGGCGUUCCUGUGUUCCACCCAGCAUCGGAAGUACUGAGCGUGGACGAUCCCUCGCGUCAUGUACUGAAGUAUUACAACCACAAGGUGAACAUGGCGCCGUAUCUGUUCUUCCUCGGUGUCGGUACGUACGAGACUUUCCGCCGCACGCUUGAGUUUCCCGAUGGCGAUACAACGCUGCUGGAGAUCCUGGCGUUCCCGGGCUACUUUGAGCCAGCUGAUGCCAAGGCUGCCGUCAAGAUGCUGCACGACUCUGUGUUGUGGGUCAUGGUGAGUCUGGGUCCAGAGGCCUGCGAGCACCACGACGAGCGCAAGCGCAUCUACGAGCUUCUGGAAGAGCGUGAGGCUCUUAAGGCCAAGGAAGGUCCGUUAUGUCUUGGGCCAAACGAGGAAUAUGUCAAGACUCCACUAAGCGCCUCGGAUGCUGCACGCUUGGCUGCUGUUCGUGCGGAACUGAAGGAGUUGCUGAAGGUGUGGAAGAAGACCGGCUACAAGUACACUGGUGCCGUAUACCGCGAGAUUGCGAUGGAGAAUUCGUACUACGGAGGCAUGGAGAACGUCGGCAACACAACUAUUGUGAGUUCUUGCCUGUGUCCGAGCUGCCGUAUGGACGACAAGUCGUACGAGUAUAUGGAGCAUGUGAAGGUCCACGAAUACUACCACAAUAUCAAUGGCAGUCAGGUAACUGGCCAGUCCCCGUUCGAGAUCUGGCUGAACGAGGCUGUCACGGUUCACAUGGAGCGCAAGCGUGGUGCUGCCAUUUUCGGUGAGGACUACAGCCGUCUGAGCGAAGUGCUGUAUAUGUUCACCCCGGCGAUCGGACCACUUGCACAGGACAAGUCUGCGACGUCUCUGUCUGUUGAACCGCAGGGUUUCAACCAGACCCAGGAGCUUGUUUCUGUGGUGACCUACUCGAAGGCUCCUGACAUGGAGUGGAUCAAGUGCAUGGAGGAAUGUUCUGGUCUGAACCUGCAGAACCUGGCCAAGACGUGGUUGAACCGCCCAGGUCACCCAGAGGUGACGUAUUCGACGGAGUACAAGGCUGCUUCCAAGGAGUACGUCGUGGAGAUCUCGCAGACUGGUUUCGAGGAUAAGCCAGCCGAGAACAACGGACCGUGGGAGAUUCCCAUUGACUGGUCCCUUGUUAAGGAGGGCAAGUCGAUGAAGAACGGUGUGUUUCUCAUGAAGACGAAGGAUGCCAAACUCGUUAUUCCGGAUGUGUUGGAGGAGCCAGACUUUCUGUCUUUUGCUCGUGGUUGGUCAUUCUUCGGCAAGUCGAAGCAGACGAACCCGUCCGUCGCUCGACUCACCAAGCAGGCGCUCUCUGACCCGGAUGCUGUUAACAAGUACCAGGCCUACCGCAGCGUUGCAGAUAUUGAAAAGGCAAAGGUGAUUGAAGGACUGCUCAAGGGUGACAAGCAGGUGGAGAUUUCGUCCGAGUUCGUGGAGCUGCACGGCUCGAUCCUGUUCUCGGAUGAACUCACCCCUUCUGCUCGCGCCCUGACAUUGGGAGAAGCCAAGACUAUCCCGAACCACGAUGAGUUGAGUCAUCACUAUGCUACUGUUAACGAUGCGACCACUGCUCUACUGCAAGCUGUGUGGGCCAAGCACUCGAACCAGAUCGAGGCUGCAUACUCGGAAUUGUGUCAAGAAGCGUGUUCUGGUCCCCAUUCGGAGCAGUUCCAGCAGCGUGCCUUGAAGCGCCACUUGUUGCAACUCAUUGAGGCAGGAGCCAAGCCUAUUGUGCUCGCAACAACACCGUCAAUUGCACCAACGGUGGCGCCGUCAGCUUUAGCAUUGAACUUGCUCAAACACUCGACAUUUGCCAGUGAAAAUGCCACUGGUUUUCGUAUAGUGUUGGAAGAUGAAACAUUUGCGGACCGCGAGAAGGUGCAAGAAGAGAUUUUCGAGGAAUGGAGCAAAACCCCAGACAUGCUGACGAAAUACAUUAGCAUCGUUAGCAGUUUGGACUCGAAGGAUGUGGGUAAGCAGAUUCUCAAGCUGCUCGAUGACCCAAGUUUUAACCCCGCUCAGUCCAGUCAUGGCCGUGCUGUGACUCGUUCUCUAUCGCAGAUCCGCGAUUUCUCUCUAGCAUCGGACGAGGGUCUCGAUGUGAUGGUGCAGGCGUUUGUGAAAAUCGGCAAGGUCAAUCAAAUGUCUGCGUACCCAUUGCUCCAGUGCUUUGACCACUUGGACCGCUUUGAUGUCGCCACGAAGGCGAAGUUGUUUGCGACGCUACAGCGCAUGCAGGACUCGAUCGAUAAGAAGAAGGAGGAGUCACUCUACAACCAGCUCAGUAUUAUCCUGGAGAAGAAGCAGUAACGUGUUGGCAGCUCUGUGGAGCGUAACAUGGUAGAGGAAAUGCAUUAGAUUACUAGAAACAAUGAAAUGCAUCACCAGCUACAUCAAGCCGAAAUGGUCGCGGCUUGCUGAACAGCAGACUUCAUAUCAGACGCGUCGCCAUCUUUUGACCCCGUUGACAAGCUUGGUGAAGACGACGCUUCUGGUUCCAGUUUACCAGCCGCGGCGUCACUGGAUGAAACUUCGCCAUCCUCUGAAGCUUCAUCUUCAGAGACGAUAGGGGACAUCACAACAACC